AUGGAUGAACUGGUAGAGUCGUUAGAAAAUGAACGUGAUUUGUCUCGAAUAGCGUUGCACGUUGAUAUGGAUGCGUUUUAUGCAGCUGUUGAGAUGCGUGAUGAUGCGACGUUACGUAACAUACCGAUGGCCGUCGGAUCUGAAUCAAUGUUGGUAUGUUGUUCAUAUUGA